AAACUUUUCCUUUCGAUUAGCACCAAACGCGUUAAGCUUAUUGGGUGCUCAAAACGUAGCAAAUCGCGUUUAAAAUCGUAUUAAACGCAUUUUCUUCUGCAGGCCAGUCGACAGCCAAACAACGCUAAAAUGUCCGGAAUUAUGAGAUUGCCAUCGAUUUUGGCUAAGAAUGCUGUAGCCUCCAUGCAACGUCAGUCUGCAGCGGCAGCGACGACGCAGCUGCAGCGCAAAUAUCACAUAACACAUGGCAAGCAGCAGGCGACGGCGGCUAAUCCGGAUGCAAUCUCGAAGGAUUAUCCUGUGGUGGAUCAUGCCUACGAUGCCAUAGUCGUGGGUGCUGGCGGCGCUGGACUGCGUGCUGCGUUUGGUCUCGUGGCUGAGGGUUUCCGCACUGCUGUCAUCACCAAACUGUUCCCCACCCGUUCGCAUACAAUUGCUGCUCAGGGCGGCAUUAAUGCAGCGCUGGGCAAUAUGGAGGAGGAUGACUGGAAGUGGCAUAUGUACGAUACGGUGAAGGGCAGCGAUUGGCUGGGUGAUCAGGAUGCCAUUCACUAUAUGACACGCGAGGCGCCCAAGGCGGUCAUCGAGCUGGAGAACUAUGGCAUGCCCUUCUCACGCACACAGGACGGCAAAAUCUAUCAGCGUGCCUUUGGUGGUCAGAGCUUGAAGUUCGGCAAGGGCGGUCAAGCGCACAGAUGCUGCGCCGUGGCUGAUCGUACAGGACACUCGCUGCUGCAUACGCUCUAUGGUCAAUCCUUGAGCUACGACUGCAACUACUUUGUGGAAUACUUUGCGCUAGAUUUGAUCAUGGAGCAGGGCGAAUGCCGUGGCGUGUUGGCUUUGAAUCUGGAGGAUGGCUCACUGCAUCGUUUCCGCGCACAGAACACUGUCAUUGCAACUGGUGGCUAUGGACGCGCCUUCUUCAGCUGCACCUCGGCGCAUACCUGCACUGGUGAUGGCACUGCUAUGGUGGCACGUCAGGGUUUGCCCUCGCAGGAUUUGGAAUUCGUGCAGUUCCACCCCACGGGCAUCUAUGGUGCCGGCUGUCUCAUCACCGAGGGCUGCCGUGGUGAGGGCGGUUACCUCAUCAAUGCCAAGGGUGAGCGCUUCAUGGAACGCUAUGCGCCCGUGGCGAAGGAUUUGGCCUCUCGUGAUGUUGUCUCGCGUUCGAUGACUAUUGAAAUCAUGGAGGGUCGCGGCGUGGGUCCUGAUAAGGAUCAUGUCUAUCUGCAACUGCAUCAUUUGCCACCCAAGCAGCUGGCUGAGCGUCUGCCUGGCAUUUCCGAAACUGCCAUGAUCUUUGCUGGCGUCGAUGUCACACGCGAACCCAUCCCAGUGCUGCCCACCGUGCACUACAACAUGGGCGGCAUCCCCACCAACUAUCGUGGUCAGGUGCUAACCAUCGAUAACAAUGGUAAGGACAAGAUUGUGCCCGGUCUCUAUGCUGCCGGCGAGGCUGCCUCCAGCUCUGUGCAUGGUGCCAAUCGUUUGGGUGCCAACUCGUUGUUGGAUCUGGUUGUCUUCGGACGCGCCUGCGCCAAAACCAUUGCUGAGGAGAAUCGCCCUGGUGCGCCCGCGCCCACGCUCAAGGAUAAUGCUGGUGAGAUGUCGGUGGCCAACUUGGAUAAGCUGCGUAAUGCUAACGGUCAAAUCACCACCGCUGAUUUGCGCCUCAAGAUGCAAAGGACCAUGCAAAAUCAUGCUGCUGUAUUCCGUGAUGGUCCCAUACUCCAGGAGGGCGUCAGCAAGAUGAAGGAGAUCUACAAGCAGUUUAAGGAUGUCAAGGUUAUCGACAAAUCGCUGGUCUGGAACUCGGAUCUGGUUGAGACAUUGGAGCUGCAGAAUUUGUUGGCCAAUGCACAGAUGACCAUUGUCGGUGCUGAGGCGCGCAAGGAGUCGCGUGGUGCGCACGCACGUGAGGACUUCAAGACCCGCAUUGAUGAAUAUGACUUUAGCAAGCCCUUGGAGGGUCAGGAGAAGAAGCCCGUGGAGCAGCAUUGGCGCAAGCAUACCCUCUCCUGGGUUAAGGAUUCUCAGGGUGAGAUAGAGCUGAAGUACAGAAAUGUAAUCGAUCACACGCUGGACGACGAGUGCCAGACGGUGCCACCAGCAAUACGCUCCUACUAAAAAAAAAAAAA